GUCAGCUUAUAUCUUAAUCAUCACAUCUCGAAAGACACUUGAAAUUGCUAUAGAAUAGAUUAACUCUGUAUUAUCUAAUCCGUUUAAACAUGCUAGCGGCAAGCGAAACUUGGCGAGUAAAACGUACUAAAAACAGAUCACGAUGGCCUCAAUGGUAAGCACACGUACAUCAUGAUAUGCAUAGAGAAUUACACUAAAAAUCUCGUAAUGUCUGAUGUUCUGUUCGAAUACAUGUAAUGGAGUGGCGGAAAGGGGAUAUCUAAUGUAGGACUUCGACUAUAUAAAGCCCUCGUUCCCUUCUCGUUUAACUCACGACGAUCAACACCAUCCAACAACCACUUGUCUCAGUAAUUCCACCGCAACUCGCAAUCAUAGCAUAUUUCUCCAAGAUGCAGUUUCAGCUCUCUUCGCUACCUAUCCUUGCGCUAGUGGCUUCUGUCCACAUCGCGCCGGCUGCCGCAGCAAGCCCCGGGCUCUAUCUCUGCCAGAACUGGGGCUUCAACGAGCAGCCUAACUACUGCAACCACUACACUGAGCCUUGGGGUAAAUGCACAACUAUCACCGACCGCUUUCCGACUGACGCACGUGGCGUCUCGUCUGCUGGACCUGAUCCUGGAAAUUGGUGCACGUUGUACGAGAACGAACACUGCACUGGAGCGGAGUUGCAGCUAUAUUACCCCGGGUUUGCUGACUUGACAGUGGUGGGAUGGAAUGAUCGGGCCAAAAGCUUCAAUUGUGCGGCAAUUUAGGCAGGGUAUCGAUGGGGAAAGCUUGGGGCUUGAGAGCACUGGAAGGAAGAUCGGGUUGAAAGGGAGGCUGAACUACCUAUAUGCAAAUUUUCUUUGUUAUAGAUGUCCGCUCUCUGCGCCGUACCUUCUAUCAUAGGGUGCUCUUCAGCUCCAGGUAUGGUUCUCCUCAGACCUUUACUAUGAUGGGGUUCGAAGCAACUUACACGACGCUCUUGGAUGUUAGCUGCGAUGGAGUGAUUAGGUAUUAUAGAGAAUAAAUUUUGCUUUGGAUCUUUUGCA